AUGGCCCGACUUGCAUCUUUCCGAAACUCAGUCGUCAUCGUCCUAGGAGAGUUUUGCGGAACAUUCAUGUUUCUUCUCCUCUCCUUCAUUGGAGCGCAGACUGCCCUCGUCACCAACAACCCUUCAGACCCCAGUGCACCUCUGGAGCCCUUCAGUCUCAUGUACAUUGCCGCAUCCUUUGGAACGGCACUCGCCGUCAACGUCUGGAUCUUUUACCGCGUCAGCGGUGGAAUGUUUAACCCUGCUGUGACUCUUGGUUUGAUGCUCGUCGGUGCUGUUAAGCCACUCAAUGGCCUUCUCAUCGUCCCCACACAGCUCGUCGCCGCUAUUGCAGCUGCGGCCGUUACUGAUGGCCUGACCCCAGGCCCGCUUCUCGUUGCCAACGCACUCGGAAAUGGCACCAGCAAGGCCCAGGGUGUCUUUAUGGAGAUGUUUCUCACUGCUCAGCUGGUGCUGACUGUGUACUUCCUCGCUGUUGAGAAGCACCGCAGCACCUACCUGGCCCCAAUUGGCAUUGGUAUCUCCGUCUUCAUCUCACACAUCUGCGGCACCAACUGGACCGGCACCUCGAUCAACCCUGCCCGUUCGUUUGGUCCUGCCGUCGUCACCGGGUUUGUCGGCUACCACUGGAUCUACUGGGUCGGACCCUUCAUGGGUACUCUCCUGGCUUUUGGAUGCUACAAGACCUUCAAGUGGCUCGAAUACCAUACUGCCAACCCAGGCCAGGACGAUGAUGACGUCGAGAAGGGUCGUCAUCACCAUCUCGGCUUCCACAGCCACGCCCAUGAGAAGGCCGCCAUGCCCCAGUCCCAGGUCGACACCAUCCCGCCCAAGGACGCGAGCCCUCACCAGAGGAACGACAGUAUGAUUGACGGCCAGAUGAGCCCCGUCGCUCCCUAG